AUCGCGAGUGCGCGAGCGGGCUUUCGUGGAAUUGGAAGUUAAUCAACGACGGGCAACAUUUCGCGGUGACAUACGAAAGGAACGACUCAUCGCGACGGUAUCUCGAAUUGUGUUAUGGUGCUGAGGACUACCUCGGUCGUACGAGGCAGACGAAGAGGUCGCAAAAGAGCGGGCGGCAGGAGUAGCGUCCUGGCGGCUGGUUCCCCCUGAAGAAAUCGCUCGCAUUGCUUCGAUCGGCCGAGGAGAAAUCCGGGAAGGUCACGUCUGCUGAAUCGGGGGCGAAAAAUUGGCUCGGUGAAAAAAUUUGUUACCACAAACAACGAGAUCACCUGUAUCCUGUGAGGAAAUGGAAAACGGAACGAAGACGAUCAGCAGAUUAGCUAAUUGAAAUAAAUUCACGUGAAUGCGCGAACUUCUAAAUGGAACGCGUACCGUUUGCGGAAAUCAAUUGUCGAUAAACGGAGUCAUCUAGUAAACUCUUCAACGCUUGAUCUUUGAGCGACAAUUUCUAAUCGUUCGGUAAAACGAUGGGUGCACCGCGUCAUUGGCUUCUCGCUGCGGUCGUCCUGAGUCUCUCCUCAAGCCUGACGGCGAGCGGGGUGUCGCCGUUCACGAGCUCCGAUUCCUCGGCUGUCGAUGUGCGAAGGUACGAGGCCAAUCGCACCGGGGUGGUGGCGAUCCGUCGGCGAAGAUACGUGCGAUUUCCGACGGGGUCCGCCGCUUAUCUCCUCGAGGGCGGUCCGACGCCACACGGCAGGAAUCUUGGGUCGCAUCCGCCCGCGCGUUUCGUUUCGCAGGCCCAAUUCCCGGGCUCGUGGAGGCAGCACAAGUCCCUCUGGAGGAGCCCCGCAAUCGCCGAUUACAACAGGCCGGUGAUGUCCCAUCGGACGCCACGACUGAUAUUUCGCGACAACGACUUCCUGCCGCCGGUCGGAGGCGGUGCGGCCUCUUUUUUCCAGCAGUCCAACCAGCUGCCAGAUUUCGAAGACGACAUCAGAGACCUCCGGAAGCAGACGCCGGAUGAUUAUCCCAGAUUGGAAACAGGUUGCGGCGUACCGGUCGUCUCGAAACAAAUCGCGCAGAGGAGGAUCGUCGGUGGCGACGACGCCGGUUUUGGGAGUUUCCCGUGGCAGGCGUACAUACGGAUCGGUUCCAGCAGAUGCGGUGGCACUUUGGUCAACCGAUUUCACGUCGUCACCGCUGGGCAUUGCGUCGCCAAAGCGUCGGCGCGACAAGUCCAGGUCACUCUCGGCGAUUACGUGGUGAAUUCCGCGACCGAGUCUCUGCCAGCUUAUACUUUUGGGGUUCGAGAGAUCAGGGUGCAUCCCUACUUUAAAUUCACGCCGCAGGCGGACAGAUUCGACGUGGCUGUGCUUCGAUUGGAUCGACCGGUACAUUAUAUGCCCCAUAUAGCGCCUAUAUGCUUACCGGAGAAAAACGAAGAUUUCCUGGGGCAAUACGGCUGGGCUGCGGGAUGGGGUGCCUUGCAAGCAGGUUCUAGAUUACGGCCCAAGACGCUGCAAGCUGUAGACGUGCCCGUGAUCGAUAAUCGCCUCUGCGAGCGGUGGCAUCGGUCCAACGGCAUCAACGUCGUCAUUUAUGAUGAGAUGAUGUGCGCCGGUUACCGCGGCGGCGGUAAGGAUUCAUGUCAGGGUGACAGCGGAGGUCCGUUGAUGCUGGAGAAAACUGGCCGAUGGUACCUCAUCGGCAUCGUAUCCGCAGGUUACUCCUGCGCGCAGCCAGGCCAACCGGGGAUCUAUCAUCGCGUGGCCAAGACCGUCGAUUGGAUUACGUACGUCAUAAACUCGUAGCGCGUCCUCGAUCGCGGGGGAAUUACACUCAGGAAGGUCCUGGAUCUUGGACUUCGCACGACACAAAAGUUCGGGCAUCCUUCGUGUCGGCGAAUGAUAUUUGAAAUCUAGAUCACCGUCUGAGAAAUCAACGUGACACGAGAACGUUUAACGAGAGGAUCAAUUUAAACUGAUUUGCAGAGAAUGAACUAUCAUGCCUAACGAAAUUAAAGCCAUUUUUACUUUACAGGAGUGUAAAAGUAAUUUAGGAUGAGAUCCAUAUACGCGUCGCAGACGUGUUGUUGUUGUAAUGAGCGAUUUCGCGUUUUUCGUCAAUAUGUUGUUUCAAAAGCGAGUAAAAGCUCGACGUUUUCCUGUUAAGUGUAAUACUGGUGUUAUGUAAGUAUCUCUAUUGACACAAGCGGGUGGCGCAAGUGUGUUGUAAUUAUAACGAUGUGAAUGCAUUGUAAAUUAAGCGUGUAUGAUAUGCGUAUGAAUUUGCGCUUAAUAAAUACUUUGUUUUUGAUUUUAUUA